AUGCAUCAACAUCCAAGACACCCUCCGAAGGUGUCGUCUCCCGCCUCCUCUCCUCAGACCAACCCCAUGAGAUCCAACAAUCCCAGGGACGCGGUCGGAGAGCAGACGAGGACGCCUUUGGGGAGCCCACGGCCAGAAGACUCGAGCUCUCCGGGGAGCGGCGAGCUUGCAUCUUCCGGCCCCAGUCGUGAAAGUGUCAAGAAGCUGGAUCAGAUCAUACAGCAGAACUUCUUCCUGAAAGCUGGCUCGAUUGUUGCGACCUCCCGUGUCAAUACCAAACGCAUAGCGGACUCAAAACCGAACAAAUGGUUCUCCCUCAUCACGGACGAGGUCGAGCAAUGUCGAGAUGAGCUCCAGAUCUGGAAGUCUGCCACGAGCUUCGAGAAUCCUUUCCCGCCUAUGAUUAUUGAGACCUACCUCGAUGCCUCGCAGCUAUCUCCGAGCCAAUGUCUGGUGUUUUUGGACGACGACGGGAAAAGAUGGGAUGUACUUGAGGCAUUGAACCUGCCCGAAGUGAGUGGUGACAGCCCCACAGGCAAGAGGAAGAAUACAGAAGUCAUACUCGAGCGCUGGCGAUUCGAGCUUCAUCCUAUCGGAAUCGAAGGGGUCCAGGAGUUCAAACACCUUCUUCCCACCAUUUACAAGAAGGCCGUCGUUUAUUUUCGGUCGCUAUGGAGCACGGCGAGGCUGUGGCCAGCAUUCAAAUUUGCACUGCAGUCCAGGAAGGAGGGUCGACCAUCUGCGUUGGAGGUGAAGUGCCGCUUUCUGACGGCCGAGAGAGAGACAACGGGUCUUGAUCUUCUCCGUCAGCCCUUGAGCGAUGCUCGCGAUGUCGUGACAGACUACAUGUUUGGAGAAUUGGAUGUACCUGCAGGUCGCCUCACUGCCUCGGCUACCUAUCGGAUGGAAUGCAAUUUCAAGCUGGUCGAUGCCGAGUCCUUGCUCAGUUCGCGGUUUACGGCCAUCGAUGAGAACUUCUUCAAGCCAUCUCUACCCCAGAGCAGGGGACACCGUCGCGCCGAAUCCUCAACGGAGAUAGGGUCCUUUCCCUCUCGGCGACGUGGUAAAGAGGUUGAGCUUCAGGAUGCGCUCCAGACAUAUGGCAGUCUGUCCACGUUCCACGGCGCAGGCCCUCUGGGGACCAGUCCCAUGUCCGCCCUGAAGGCCGUGAGGCCUGUCGGAUCAGAGGCCAGCUCACCCGCUGGGUCGGUACCAGCGAGUAUGGAAGACCCGCCCAACUCCCUUCCUAUCCGUCCGUCGCUCCGCGGUAAGGACUCAGUCGCAAGGCGUCCUUCGGUCUCUUUCCAACCCUUUAAAGCAGGGUCACUGUCAGGUUCGCCAAGAAUCUCCGAGGGAGAAAUCCCUGCAUCGCCUGUGACGGGGCAGCGGCAGUCAGGGCUGAGUGCUCUGACCCAGGCGCGAAACCGUACCUCACUUACCUCUGGUAUGCCGGCUUCUCUAAGAGGUGGACCGCCAGCGGUAGACAUACCUGCGGGCUCGUCUCCUAGACCCAGUAGCAGCCGGAUAAGUAGUAGCUUCAGCCACCGGCGGAACCGACUGUCGUUUGGUGGCCAGAGCAGAGGCGGCGACGACGAUCAGGCCAGCAGCGGGAGACAGAGCUUGUCAUCUUCAAUAGCGCAGCCUGGAUCUGACCUGCUGGCAGAAGCCGGAGGCCAGGCCAGUUCCGGCUCCCUGAAUGCAGACGACGAUAACAUCUCCGAUUUCCUGAAGCACCUGGACAGCCGGAAGACGCUCUCGAGCUUCGAAUCCACCAAGAAGGGCGAGUCGGCUACCAAGAGAACAGUGGCACAGCUUUCUAAGUUCCAGGUCAUGCGCGACUCGAAUAACGCCCUAACAGAAUCAAUGGCCUCGUCAAUGCAGAUGCAGCGAUCCUCGAGCUCAUCUAGCAGGCAGCUGACAAGCGUGCCUGGGAUGGUGGCGCCAGCGUCCAUGUCGGUAUCUACCUCUCCCGGCAAACCGCUCUCUCCACAUACACCUCACACCCCAGCCAUACCAUCACGGCUCAGUGAGAACUCGAUCAUCGAUUACGACGCCCAGACACAAGCUGCGCGGAGAGCCACGCGUCUCGCCCCGGAGAUCUCAUCCACAGAGGAGGAGGAGCAGGGCGCGGAAGCGGCACUUAGCCCCGAGGGUACCACGGCGAUCGACAUCCCGCUGCCGUUGUCGCCCAGGCUGAUACAGACGAACCGUCGGUCGAGCUCCGUGGCGCAACAGCAGCGCAACCUGGUUGAAGACGACGAUGGUGAGGCGGCGUUUGGUAGCCGUCGCAGUAUCAGUCUCGGCGCAGAACGUGAUCCUCCGACACUUAGCGCACUGUUCGGUAUGGAACGCGGCGAGUCGUCGGUCGAGGACACAGCUGCUCUACAACCUGCUGCUCACAUCCGGGCAUGUGGUGCGACGGGCUCGCCAAGCUCUGCAGAACACGAAAAGGAAACACCGGGAAGUCUGCUCCGCGGCACACCAACCGAUGGCACCCCUCGUCUACGGUACAGAAGCACCCGUGGGCGACCGACCCCGCCACAAUCAUCUCGUGGCAGUUUUGUGGGCGGCUCGAGUGGUCGACAUGGUAUGAGUCGUGGUGAUAAUGAGGCCGACGAUGAACCACUUGUCUUUGAUAUGCAGGUGAGCGACAUAGGUCGCCGGAGCCUCGAGGAGGGACGCGGUGGUGGCAGCGCCGGGAGCGGCACGAACGAGCGCGGGUAUGAGCAGCGAGGCACUUCGAGGAGAGGUUGGUGAGGCUCACAUCAUCAACAUCAUCAACAUCAUUUUCAUCAUACAAACAUCGGGUGAGGCUAUCUCCACAGGGCUUACCGCCCGUGCGGCGGCCGGCGGACAAAUUGAGUUUUGCAAAAGAUCCUGGCCAACCAGCUAGGCAUGGCAGCAUUUUCAUUAUGGCGUUUUUGUGGCCUCUUGCUUUCUUCCCUUUGGAUGAGGGUUCAGACUGGACAUAUCCCCCCCCCCCCUUCCCUUUACACAUUAUAUGAACAGUUCUUCUGGAGGGCUCCCAUGGACAAAUUCUUCGUGGGUAUCUGAGGCAGAGCCGCAACAAUGCUGGCAAGGACGCUGUCAAGAGGCGUUCUCAUGGUUUUGCGCUGUAAUUGGAGUUACAUCAAUCAGUGCGACGGUUUGGUAACUUGACUUUGGUACUGUAUCUGGGUAUUGCGACCACGGGCGCUGCUGACGGUCCCCAAAGGCAAAGGGUCCUUAGGACAAAGAAGUCGGGAAUGUGUGUAGACUUUCUCGGUCCUGCUGGAGCCAGGGAGCAAACAAGAGAGCGAGCAUUGAGAAUGUUGGACAGCUCGGCGCCCUGGGAUGCAGAGUAUUAUACAAGGACAUAGAAAUAGAAGAUAUUGUUCUUC